AUGGCCAAUCUUCGUGUCGCCGUAGCAGGCGCAACUGGUGAGACAGGUUCGUCCAUCAUCGACAGCCUAGUCGAAUCCGGUAAAUUUACCAUCAUUGCUCUCACGCGCCAGGAGUCACUCUCCAAGCCCGCCAACGUCAAACUCAGAGAGCGCGGGGUGGACACCGUUGUCGUUGAUUUGGACGGUGACAAGGGCCUUCUCGCUGCGGCUCUGGCAGGAGUCAGCGUCGUCAUUUCCGCCAUGAGUCCCUUUGACGCCCAGCUUCAAUAUUCGCUUGCGGAUGCGGCAAAGGCAGCCGGUGUGCAACGCUUCGUGCCGAGCUCCUUUACGGCUGUGACCCCAGCCGGGGGCAUAACCCAUGGCCGAGAUCAGAGAGAGGAGUUCUACAACUACAUCAAGAGCAUUGACCUCCCGUACACCAUCAUCGACGUAGGCUGGUGGUAUCAGGCGUCCGUUCCCCGCCUGCCGUCCGGCAAGCUCGACUACAUCACAAAGUUCAAUCGGUCCGACAUUGCUGGCGACGGAAACACGCCGUCUGCCAUUACCGACAAGCGCGACGUCGGCCAGUACGUGGUUCGCAUCAUCCAAGACAGCCGAACCAUCAACAAGUACGUCUUUGCUUACAGCGAGCUGUGGACUCCAAACGAGAUUUAUGCUCUUUUUGAAGAGAUGAGCGGGGAAAAGACGGCUCGCGAAUAUGUUUCUGAACAAGAGCUUCAAGAAAGGGUACGUGACGCUUCUGUGGCUCUUGACGUCGAUCCCUCGGAUGCUGGGGCGCUGUGGACGAAAGCGAAUGGCGAAAUACAACACUCCCUCGAGAUUCGUGGCGAUAAUACUCCAGAGACUGCCAAGGCUCUAGGUUAUCUGAUUGGAAAGGAGCUAUACCCCGACAUUGAGUUUCGUUCUUUUCGCAGCCUAGCCCAAGAGGUGCUGGAUGGGCAGGGAGUUCCGCUCUAUGAGUCGAACGAUCGAUUUAAAAAGUUCUAG